AUGACGACGUUCAGGUUCUGUCGGGAUUGUAACAAUAUGCUGUACCCGCGUGAAGAUCGGGAAGUGCAAAGACUGCUGUUUGAAUGCAGAACUUGCUCCUAUGUGGAAGAAGCUGGAACACCGCUGGUCUAUAGACAUGAACUGAUCACGAACAUUGGUGAGACUGCCGGAGUGGUGCAGGACAUCGGUUCGGAUCCUACGCUUCCGCGAUCUGACAGGGAAUGCCCUAAGUGUCACUCAAGAGAAAAUGUGUUCUUUCAAUCGCAGCAGAGGAGGAGUGAUACUUCGAUGGUUCUGUUCUUUGUGUGCCUGGCCUGCUCACAUAUCUUUACAUCUGAUCAAAAGAAUAAGAGAACCGAGUUUGUUUAA